AUGUCAUUCUUCAAUCGAAGCAACCCGAAUGCCCCUGCGGCUCGACGCGCCGCCGGUGGUGCCGCCGGAGGUGGCGACUCGUACCAGCGAAUUGGCACGCCCGACAGCCAGUCUCACCAGCCGUACCGAUCGACUCCACCCCCGGCCCAGUAUGGCGGCGAUCGCUACAGCGACUACCCUUCGCACCACGAGCAGCAGCGUCCGACGCCGCCGGCGCCGGCACCGCAGAGCCACCGUAAGCCUCCGCCUCGCCAGUACAACGACUACCAGGACUACCCCAGCGAGAAGCAGCCUGAGCCCAUCUCGUACCAGCCGCGCCAGGAGCGCGGUCUUCCGCAGACGCCGCAGCACCCGUCUCGAGGCGGUGCCCUCGGCGGUGGUGGAACCUUUGGCAUUGUGCAGUGCCCGUCGACGCGGGCGGCGCUGACGAACCGCCUGCCUGUGAACCCCGGUGACUUCAACUGCAAGUAUGUGAUCGUGCGGAGCCAGUAUGUGCUCGCGACGCUUCCCGACCCGGCAGUCCAGGCCGGCAACAUUGGACCGGCCAAGCACCAGCGAGCGUGGAUGUCGCUCUCGGCUGUUGGCGAGUCGGUCGACGUGCAGCCGUACAUGCCUCCGCCGAACGCGAUGGCGGCGCAGGUCGAGCUCGAGGUCGGUUUCGUUUCUCGGUUCAAGGAGUCGACGGACGUCUUUGAUAGCGAGGACAUGGAGAAGGCGUUCCUCGCCGCGUUCCCGGAACUCCCCCUCGCUCCGGGCCAGGUGCUGGUGUUCGACUACCGCGGCCACGAGCUCAAGCUCUCUGUGCGCAACACGCAGAACUUUGACGGGCAGGAGAACACGACGGUGGUGACCGAGUCGCAGACCGAGGUCAUCUUUGUGAAGAACCCGGCCGCGAACAUCAAGCUGAAGUCGUCGUCGAAGCGUGCGCCGACGAAUGCGAUCCUCGCGCCCAACUUCAAGUUUGAGGACAUGGGUAUCGGUGGUCUCGACACCGAGUUCACGUCCAUUUUCCGUCGUGCGUUCGCCUCGCGUAUUUUCCCGCCCGGCCUCGUCGACAAGCUCGGCAUCCAGCACGUCAAGGGUAUCCUCCUGUACGGCCCGCCAGGAACUGGAAAGACGCUCAUGGCGCGCCAGAUCGGCAAGAUGCUGAACGCCAACGAGCCCAAGGUUGUGAACGGCCCCGAGAUCCUGAACAAGUUUGUCGGUCAGUCGGAGGAGAACAUCCGCAAGCUGUUCGCGGAUGCCGAGAAGGAGCAACGCGAGAAGGGCGACGAGUCCUCUCUCCACAUUAUCAUUUUCGACGAGCUCGACGCCAUCUGCAAGCAGCGUGGCAGCACGAACUCUGGCACGGGCGUCGGGGACAGCAUCGUGAACCAGCUCCUGUCCAAGAUGGACGGUGUCGAGCAGCUGAACAACGUGCUCAUCAUCGGCAUGACGAACCGUAUGGACAUGAUUGACGAGGCGCUCCUGCGCCCAGGUCGUCUGGAAGUGCACAUUGAGAUCUCGCUGCCAGACGAGGCGGGCCGGUUCCAGAUCCUCAACAUCCACACGGCCAAGAUGCGCGCGAACAAGGUGAUGGCGUCGGACGUGGAUCUGGCGGAACUCGCGGCGCGGACGAAGAACUUCAGCGGUGCCGAGCUGAACGGACUCGUGAAAUCCGCGACCUCGUUCGCGUUCAACCGGCACGUCAAGGUCGGGUCCGUGGCGCAGUUCGAGCACAUUGACGAGAUGCAGAUCACGCGUGCCGACUUCCUGAACGCGCUGGACGAGGUGCAGCCCGCGUUCGGCGUGGCGGAGGAGGAACUCGCCGAGGUGAUCCAGAACGGCAUCAUCCACUACUCGCCGCGCGUGCAGGACGUGCUGGCGCAGGGCAACCUGCUCGUGGAGCAGGUGCGGCACAGCGAGCGCACGCAUCUGGUCUCGUGCCUGAUCCACGGCGCGCCUGGCGCGGGGAAGUCGGCACUCGCCGCUAGUAUCGCGCAGCAGUCCGAGUUUCCCUUUAUCAAGCUCGUGUCCGCCGACCAGAUGCUGGGCAUGUCCGAGGCGCAGAAGGUCGCGCACCUCCACAAGGUCUUCAGCGACGCGUACAAGAGCCCGCUCUCCGUCGUCGUCGUCGACUGCAUCGAGCGUCUGCUCGAGUAUAACCCCAUCGGCCCGCGCUUCAGUAACGGCGUGCUCCAGGCGCUGCUCGUGCUCUUCGGCAAGAGGCCACCAAAGGGCCGCCGGCUCCUCGUCCUUGCGACAUCGAGCAAUGUGGCCGUGCUGAGGGAGAUGCAGGCCAUGAGCGUGUUCGACACGGAUAUCCGCGUCGACUCGAUCGCGUCCGUCGAGGAGAUUGGCACUUGCUUGACCGAGGUCGAGUUUGGCGAUGACGGCGUGCGCCGCAAGACGCUCAGUGCGCUCCGCGACGCAGGGCUCGAUAAGGAGGAGUGGAGCGUCGGCGUCAAGAAACUCCUCACGCUCGCCGAGAUGGCGAGGCAGGACGAGGAUCCUGGGUUCCAGCUCGCGAGCGCGCUCAUCAAGGAGGUCAAGACGACGCCGUACUGGAAGUGA